GGAGCGGCGCUCAGGAGGCGCUCUAGGCAGCGAGGCGGCGCGCACUCUAUGGUCGCGCGGGGCCGCUCUGGUCCUCGGGGCGGCGCGUAUUCUAUGGCCGCGCGGGGCCGCUCUGGGCGUCGGGGCGGAGCGCGCUCUAUGACCGUGCGGGGCCGGUCGCUCAGUGCGGUGCGGGAGCGGAGAUGGAGAAACCGCGGAGGGCGGUGGUGGUAACGGGGUUUGGUCCCUUUGGAGAGCAUGCUGUCAAUGCCAGUUGGAUUGCAGUGCAGGAGCUGGAGAAGCUCGGGCUGCGAGAUGGAGUGGACCUACACGUCUAUGAAGUCCCAGUGGAAUACCAGACAGUGCAGAGACUCAUCCCUGCACUGUGGAAAAAGCACAGCCCACAGGCUCUCAGUGCUGCGUCGAAGGCGGCCCAGAGUGCAUCGAUUCCAUCAUUGAUAUGGACGUGGUUUGCAGGAGGGUCUCAGCACUGGGGCUGGAUGUCACCGUCACCAUCUCUAAGGAUGCUGGCAGGUACCUGUGUGACUUCACUUACUACACUUCCUUAUACCAGAGCUGCGGGAGGUCGGCUUUUGUUCAUGUGCCUCCAUUGGGGAAGCCGUACAGUGCAGAGCAGCUGGGCCGGGCACUGCAGGCCAUCAUUGAGGAGAUGCUCGACGUUUUGGAGCAUUCUGAAGCCAAAAUCAAUUGUCAACACGAACAUUGAAAGCAGGCAGGAGCUGGCCUGGUAUUGCACUUCCAAACCUUCCCCCCCUUGUAUAGGGAGGGAGGUUCUGAGACAUACAGCACGAGAAUUGGAGACUUCAAAAACAAAAACCUCACUUUCAAGAAUUGACUUCUUAUUUUCCCUCUCUUUCCCUUUUAUUUUUGGCGUAUUUCAAUGAAGAAAUGAAGAUUCCCUUCUCCAACACAACACCCGAAGCUGCUCAUUCCUGGAGCCUGCAUGCCCUGCUUUACCCACAGCUCAUCUAUUGGCUGAGUGAUGGUCUCUGAGUGGUCCCACUCUGCUCAGAUGGGGGAUUCCUUGGCCAGGGCUCAGUGUUUGGGUGCAGGGGAUCGGUAACCCCAUCUUGUAAGGACUCCUUGUUGAGCUGGAAGGUUUUGCUUUCCUUCUGUCUCCUUUUAUUUCUCCAAAUGAUGAGGUCGCCGUGUGAAAGUGUAACCGAAAUGAGUUGGAAUGGGGUGAGUUUGGUGUAAGAAAGUGACAAAACCGAGCGCUUGUUGGGGACGAGGAGCCUCAGAAACUGCUUUUGAACUGAAAAAGGUUAUGGUUGCUGCCUUCUACCCCCAAACCUUCACUGUGGCCUGGCUGAUGUGGCUGCAGGUGGGAGGGCUGUGUGUUGGGUUGCAGAUCAGAUCUCUUGGGUUGCAGAUCUGAAUCCUUCCAUACAUCCUCAGCAUCAGGGCUGCCCUCCCAGCCCCACCACCCUGAGCUGUGUGCAGCACGAUGUCCCAUGUGUGUGCACAGCCCAUUUUGCUUUGCUGAGGAGCUUUGCUAAAGGCCACUUUCUCCACAGGAGAUCUUUAUCACCAUCUCUUGGCUCUGGCUGUUGUUUUUAAGGUGAAGGUUGAGUAAUUUAUAACUUCCUUCGCCGUGAACUUUUGUUCUCGUUAAAGGUUGGCUGGAGAGUAAUGUUUAACUUCAGUGCCCAUUGCUGGUGCGAUGUGUUGCCAAGGAGUGCUGCCAAAGGGCAUCUCCCAUCUCAGAGCCAGCUGUUGGCUGUUUGUAUAUAAAAACACAUAGAGAAGAAUCCUUGUGAAAGGUUUUAGGGCAUUGUUCCUCCUGUUCUCCCAACCACGGAUGGUUCUGCUGGCCAUGAGGAUGGGCAUCCCACCAUCAGAGCCCACAGUUGUGUGCAGAGAACCAUAGAAUGGGUUGGAAUGGAGCUCAAGGAUCAUGAAGCUCCGGUCUCCUGCUGCAUGCAGGGCUGCCAGCCUCUACAUUGAAUACCAGCCCAUGCUGCCCCAUCCAACCUGGCUUUGGGUGUAUGGAGGGAAUGCUUUCCUGCCUGAGUUUGCCUUCCAAGUGAACACUCUCCUUGGCAUUGGACAUGCCUGGCAGGUCAGGGCAGGCUUUCAGCUUUGUAACUUAUUCUAUUUAAUACUUAGAUUAAGUAUUGGUGGCUCGAGACGGCUCCCAAAUAGUCGAGCUCUUAUCUCCAUGUAGCUCCGCUGUGCCUGGGAGGAGCUGUUGGUGUAUCUUAGCAAUGGAAGGUGCUGCGUUGGGCCUUGGUGGCAGAGCUCCCUUGCAGGCUGUCCCUUAGCAAAAGUAAUUUAUUCUCUAACCUUAUAUAUUCUUUCUUCAUUCCCUUUUUGUUCAUUAGCCCUCAGGGCGGUAGCGGCGUUUCGGAUAGCGAAACCUUUUAAAGAUGGCGUUGAGUUUGUUUAAUCCGGACCUCAUUUAAAGGAUUUUGUUGUUGUUAAAGGGGUGAGAUGAGCUGAUUCGGAGCGCUCCUUUGCUAUAGGUAUCAGUGGGUGAUCCAUGGGGGUCUCUGCAGCUCGGGGUGUUGUGUGCUACAGAAGCAUUGCAGGGUGGCACAUGAUGCUGAUGCUUUAUCCCCUUGAUACCAGCCAGUAGGAUUUGCUGCUUUGCCCCUAUGGAGACUCAUUGCUGGCUGCAAAGACGUUCUGAGUGAGCGUGGACCGUUCAGGUUUUGUAUUCAUUAUGGUGCCUGCAGUUGGUGAUGUCUUAAAGCGGAGUUUUGGGGUCGUGUGGCUGCAGAGUUGGCUCUGGUGGUGCAUUGAGAAGUGGGGUGAGGGAGAGAGAAUGAGGGGGGUUCCCUUGUGGUCUCUGGUGUUGAGGUGCUGGAGGUGAGGAGUGGGGCUGGCUGUGGUGCUGGGGGGGGUUUGUUGGUGUCAGGGUGAUGGUUUUGGUUAUUAAAUGCUGUGGAGGGCGUUGAGCUCCAGGUACCCGAGAACUCCUUCAUCCUUGGGGAUGGGCUGCGAUGUGGGGUGAUGUUGUUCCCUUUGGGUUAAACGCCUUCAUCUGUUGUUCAGAACAGCAAUAAGAUGAAAUCAUCCCAUGGGCUUCAAAGCUCCUUUAACUGCAUGAUGUUUAGUGGCACAACCCAAAGCUGCUGGCAUCUGUGGGUCAGCACCGUGUCAAAGCCCAGGGAUGGCAGCAGUUCUUGCUGAUCUGGAGCACAGCAGCAGCAGGGAGGGACAGAAGCAUUGGAGGGAUGGUGGGAGGUGUUGUGGGGUCGUGGUGUGGGGCUGAGGGUGAAGGCUGAGAGCUGUGAGAAGAGCUCAGAGCGGAUUCAAACCAAGUGCUGGAGCAGGGGGGGGGUCUGCAGGGAGGGGAUGUUCUUUCCUUCGUGUUUACUGAUCUCAGCAGCCUGCUCAGGUGUAGCAUUCAGAGUGCAGGCAAUGCUGAACCUUCCAGUGCCUCAGUCCUCCAGCACAGGGUGCUGUGCUGUCAUAGUGUCCCAUGGCUCCGAGUUGGGCUGCUUGAAUUCAGUGGCAGUGGGCAGCAGGCGGCUCUUUGCAGCAGCAGCCCCGGUGCUUUGUGGUUUAAGUGCACUUAGAGGUUGUGUUUCGUGCCUGGUUUGGUGUCUGUUGUGACCCCAGAGGUGUCCUGACGAACCUCCAACCAAGCUGGGGAUGCUGUCAGUUCACUGAGCGAGAGCUGCUCCGUCCCAUCUGUUAUAAGGCAAAGUAGAGAAGCAGAUACUUAGAUAGGAAUUGAUAGGAGAUGAAUCUGUGAGCUGCCCUUAAAUACAACCCCGUGCUACUUAACGACACGUUCAGGUUUUAGAUUGCACCAGCUUCUUACAUUGCAAAUGUUUACUUUGAUGAACAGGGAGUGCCUUGUCCUGCACUGGGCUCUGGGAAGCAGAGCAGAGUGUUGGGGGCUGAGGGGCCCUUUGGGGUGAGCUCAUUCACCCCAUGCUUUCCAGGAUCCACCCUGCAUUGAGCUCUGGGGGUCUCCUGGAACACAUUGGGAUGUGACAAAGGGAAAGGGGUGAUGGGGGGGUUUCUCAUUGCUUGGGGAGGGCAAACCCUUUGGGGUUCUGUCUGUUCUGAGGUGCUGGGUGUCCCAGUGCUGCUCUGCCCCCCAUCCUCGUGUUGUUGUUGUGCCAACAUCACUGCUGAAUGGAGCCCUCCAGUGUUGCCCAUCAGUGCUCAUAGGACUCCUGGAGCUACAGCUCUGGAUCUAUGGGGGCUUCUAUUCCUUGCAGUGUGUUCUUGCAGUGCCUUGUAACCCCAAACAGUCUGUGUGUCACAAAGGGCCGUGGCACAAAGGGCCGCUCGCUUUCCCUCCGCUCGCUGUUGUUCCCCUGGACUUUGUAACUGAGAACUUAAACCCAUGUUUCAAAGUAAAUAAAGAGUUUAACUCUG